AUGAUCUUACCGGGAAUUUGGUUAUUAUUUUUCGUAUGUUUUUUAACUUUAUUGGGUAAUGUUCUUGUUAUAUUAGCUGUUUAUCGUGAAGCAACACUUCAUUCAGCAACAUAUUAUUACAUUGUUUCAUUGGCUGUAGCUGACCUUUGUGUUGGUGUUAUUGUUAUACCAUUAGCUAUUUGUUUCGAACUUUUAACACCACCUCCUUUUCAUUUUUUAUGUCAUUUAUGGCAUAUAUCUGAUGUUGGAGCAUCAACAGCAUCCAUUCUUGCUUUAUGUGUUAUUGCACUUGAUCGAUAUAUAGCAAUAACAUCACCUAUUCGUUAUCCAAGAUCAUUUAUAGCUCGACAUUCAUCAAUUGUUAUUGCUAUAAUAUGGUUUUGUUCAGCAAUUAUUGCUGGUCCAACAGUUAUGGUUUUAGGAAAUCGAACUAAUUCAUUAGUAUCAAAUAUAUCAAAUGUAACAACAUAUGAUCGAUGUGAAUUUCCUUCUGAUCCAUUAUUUAUUAUUGUAUCAUCUUCAGUUUCUUUUUAUAUUCCACUUCUUAUAAUGGUAUUUGUUUAUGGACGAAUAUUAGUAUUUGCACGUCGACAAAUGAUAGCAUUUCGUCAAGGUUUUAAACGUACAACAAGUGGUGAAACAUAUCAAUUAUCACCUUUAGUAUCACGAUUUUUUUUUCGUUCAACAAAAAGACGAAAUCCACCAUCAACAACAACAACAACAACAGUUGAAAAUAUUCCAACAGUAACAAAUACACCUGAAACAAUAACAUUAAGAAUACAUCGUGGAAAAUAUUCACGUUCUCCCUCAUUACCACCCGUAACACAAGAACGAUCACUUUUAGAUCAUGUAUCAUUUCCGGUUUUAUUUGUACGUCGUUUACAUAAUCUUCGUCGUACACAAACUUGGUCACGUUUUUCACGUGAACAUAAGGCAACAAAAGUUUUAGGAAUUGUUAUGGGUGUAUUUAUUGCUUGUUGGUUACCAUUUUUCGUUUUUCUUGUUCUUACAGGUGUCUUUCGAUUAAAUUUUGAACAUUCAAAAGAACAACUUUUUCGGCUUUUUACUUGGCUUGGUUAUACAAAUUCAGCUCUUAAUUUUCUUGUUUAUGCUUUAACAUCACGAGAAUUUCGUUUGGCAUUUAUGAAACUUCUUUGUCCUCGUCGUUAUGUACAACGUGUAUUAAAACAACAUGCACGUAAACAACAACCGCAAUAA